CCCGCCCUCCUCUCCUCCUCUCCUCCUCCUCUCCUCUGAUCUCCUCCUCCGUCCGCUGCCGGGGAAUCGGACACAAGCACGAGGAAAAAGCUCACGACUCCCCACCGACCGGAAUAACCAACGGAGAAAAGCGAAAAUCCCCCCUGACUUGAGCUGGAAAUCCGCAGAUGUGAAAGGCCGUGCGUAAAGGGCAGCCGCAGAGGAACUCUUAAUAAAUGUGCCAGGAAGGAUCCUUCCGCUCUUCGGUGUCCCGGUUCCCUGUUGUUGGCGUGCAGCGAUGAUGCGCGCUUCACUGGACCCAAGCAGCGGAGGAAACACUUUGCCUCUCAGCUUUGUUGCGUCCCGGUGAGAAACCUGCGAAGCGCCGCCGUCAUCUCCGUGCUGACAUUUGGCUCACGCGUGCCUUUCAGCCGUGAAAUGUCUCACUUUCGCUCGCAAUUGUAGCCCGUUUGACUUUUUUUUUUUUUUUUUUAAAGAGUGGCCGGUGAUCAAAAUGUUUCUCCAUCUGGCCGCAUGAGGGAUGGCGGCCGCAGCGCGCCAGGUCCCACGGUGCUUAUCUUCACGCUCACACGCGUUCGGGUGGAUGAUGAGCGCUUCUGCCACAGGUGAAUGAACAGCGGCUCAGGUUCUCUCAACAGCGAGCGUUUUUGAAGCCGUUCGUUUCUUCUGACAUUCGGACCGAGCUCGUUGCACGGGGACCAUGGAUCUCAAAGUAGAAACCGAAGAGAUGGACGCGAGUCAACCUCCGCCCGUAGAAGUUUUUGCGCACAGCUCGACUCUGCACGGAAUCUCUCACAUUUUCACGUACGAGCGGUUCUGCGUCAAACGCUGCUUGUGGGUCGUGUGCUUCUUGGGCUCCCUGACCUUCUUGCUGUUCCUGUGCGUGGACCGGAUCCACUUCUACUUCGAGUACCCGCACGUCACCAAACUGGACGAGGUCACGACCCCGAUCAUGACGUUCCCCGCGGUCACCUUUUGCAACCUGAACGCGUUUCGGUUCAGCCGCGUGACGCGCAAUGACCUGUACCACGCGGGGGAGCUGCUGGCCCUGCUCAACCAGAGGUACGAGAUCAGGGACAUACAUCUUGUGGAGGAGAGUGUCCUGGAGAGCCUGAAGGUCAAAGCCGAUUUUCACAACUUCAAGCCGCGGCCCUUCAACAUGCGGGAAUUCUACGACCGGACCGGCCACGACAUCAACGACAUGCUGCUGGCCUGCCACUUUCACGGCACGGAGUGCCGAGCGGAGGACUUCAAAGUGGUCUUCACUCGCUACGGGAAGUGUUACACCUUUAACGCCGGCGGCGAUGGACGUCCUCCUCUCUUUACCACCAAGGGCGGGAUGGGGAACGGGCUGGAGCUCAUGCUGGACAUUCAGCAGGAUGAAUACCUGCCCAUCUGGGGAGAAACAGAUGAGACUUCAUUUGAAGCCGGGGUGAAAGUUCAGAUCCACAGUCAGGACGAGCCGUCCUUCAUUGACCAGCUCGGGUUCGGCGUGGCGCCCGGCUUCCAGACGUUUGUUUCCUGUCAGGAGCAGAGGCUGAUAUACCUCCCUCCUCCCUGGGGAGACUGCAAGGUGACGGCGAUGGAUUCAGACUUCUUUGACAGUUACAGCAUCACAGCCUGUCGCAUCGACUGUGAAACGCGCUACCUGGUGGACAACUGCAACUGUCGCAUGGUGCACAUGCCCGGCGACGCUCCCUACUGCACGCCGGAGCUGUACAAAGAAUGUGCCGACCCGGCUCUCGGUAAGAAAAAAGCUUCGUCCACGUCGGACUUCCUGGUGGAGAGAGACAACGAUUUCUGUGUGUGCGAGACGCCGUGCAACAUGACCAGAUACAGCAAAGAGCUGAGCUUCGUCAAGAUCCCCAGCAAGGCCUCCGCUAAAUACCUGGCAAAGAAAUACAACAAGUCUGAGCAGUAUAUUAAAGAGAACAUUCUGGUUUUAGACAUCUUUUUUGAGGCUCUGAACUACGAAACUAUUGAACAGAAGAAAGCGUAUGAAGUGGCCGGACUUUUAGGUGACAUCGGUGGCCAGAUGGGACUUUUUAUCGGAGCGAGCAUACUCACCAUUCUGGAGCUCUUUGACUACCUUUAUGAGGUGAUAAAGUACAAGUUGUGUCGCUGCUCCGACAAGAAGCACAAACACAAGAACAACAACAACAACAACGACCAGGGGACGGUCUUGAGCCUGGACGACGUCAAGUGUCACGUCAGUAACUUCCAUUAAGGCCGCUCUGCAGCCUGCAGGAGCAACCGGAUGAAAGCCUCUUUACUGCGGCUGCUGAGGCUCGUGAGCGGACGGACAGCAGGACAGCGGAGAUCCAACUUGUUGUGAUGAAUUAAAGAAAAGCGGGACUAACUGCAAGGUCGUCUGUGAACAGCUUCCCGAGCCGAUGGGAGCGUGAACUGAGCUGAGGGGCGCGUGUGUGCUGUUUGUCAUCUGUCAACCUGGACGAGCUCUUUGUAAAAUAAUUAAUGUGAAAGAUUCUUCUUUUUACUUUUUUUUUCAGUAUUUGCAUGUGCGUGCAUUUUCUUCUUCUUCUUUUGCUUUCAUCACUCUUGUUCCAGACUCGUUCCUCUUUCUUUCCACCAACUUUUCAUUGUUAUAUUCAUGUUACCCAUCCUCAUUUCAUGACCGACGUCUUUCCUUGUUAAAACCGGAGGAUUUUGCCAAGGAACUGUACUACCUCAUCUUGCAGGGCGACAGCGCCCUUAAGAAUUUACAAGCCAAGCAAACUAAUAACAAAAAGGUGAUUUCUAUGUAAAGAAAUAAGCAGAAGAAAGUCUGUCAUUUAGGGAACAGUGUAACAUUGUCUUUUUAACAGAAGACAUUUUGACGUGACGCAGUAGGAAAAUCACAGUUGUACAUACAAGUUCUCAGCUAAUGCUCAUAUCACACAAAGUAAUCCCAGAAAACACAUCAAUCCUUCACUACAAAACAGUGUGGAAAGUGGUUAAGCGUUUGUAAAAUAAGCUUUUUUGCAGAGCGUUAGAUGGGGAGAGUGAAACCAUUCACUUCCUGUAAAAAUAUAAAACGACAGCUAGAAGCCGGUUAGCUUAGCUUAGCACAGCGAGUGGAACCAGGUGGAGAGAAAUCAGCCAGUUAGCAACAAAUUCCAACAAAAUCCACCCCUAAUCAGUACACCAAAGGUGUAGUUUUUGCCGUUUAUAGAAUUGUAUUACUUUUAUACAGAACCAGGCGAGCUUUUCCUCUUUGUUUCCAGUCACUAUGCUAAGCUAAGCUAUCUGACGGCUGGCUGUAAACAUUCUCCACUAGAAUGAAUCUUACUUUUCCCACGACACAGAAAUUCGAAAUUCAUGACCUGAAACAAGUAUUUUAACAUGAAAAAGAAAUGGCUGGAUACACAGCAACAAAAGGUAAACACACAGGUUUACAACCAAGUGCUAAAUAAUGAAGGAUUUUCCUUCAAAUUCCCUCUCAACGACAAUCACUGUUGGGAAAUUCAAAAUGUGUAUUUCCUGACAUUAAUCUGAGGCAGUGUCUUACAUUCUUACAUGUAGAGACUGUUCAUUACCUUUGAGGGAAGAUCCCUUCGGUGUUUGUUAUCAUGGCAAGAAAUAACUCAUGUGUAUAAAUAUGUUGAAUGUGUUUUGCCUUCAUCUUCUGGGGCUCUGAGUUGCAUGUUGCUGUGCAGUGGUGGUCUUAAACGUGGUCCAUCGAUGAACAAGUUCAUCCGCAGUUUACGUCUUCGUCCAUCGCCGUGUUUGGUUGGAUGUGAAUCUGUUUUUAUUUAUUAAUUUGCGCGCGUGUUUUUGACCACGCUGCCAGCCGCCUGCCGGGGAUUCAGCAGGACGAAAAGGGAAACAUUUGAACGCUGAGUCGGAAAACACGUCGGCUCCGGCGGUACUUGUUCGGUACCGUGUCUAUUCUAAAUAUGUUUACAAAAAUCUAACAGUAUUCCUCUGGCGUUGAUCCACUUGCUCUCAUUCCCAUUGAGCUCAGUGUUUUCUCAAAGGGAAAUGUAGCCGUGUGGUGUUAUUAUCAAGCACAAUCAUGCCAUCAGCUGCAGUGUCAUGGAAAUAUCAAUCUCAUUGUAAUUGCGAUAAUCUGAUCUGUGUAAUGUUGUACUUGUGGUAUUUAUUUAAUUCAGACUGUUCCUGUAUAUAUGAAUGUAGGUUUGUUUAUUUGAGUUUAUGUAUCAAAUAUUAAAGUAGGAGGCUAUUUCUAUUCCUUCUAAGUUUGUAUUGCUACGUUCACAGCUGCUUCAAAUGUAUCGUCAGUAAAUAAAAAUGAACAGCUGGAUUGUUGCAUCCACUGCAUGAGGUCAUGUAUCUCAAUAAAACUCCUCGUUAGACAAACUAAAGGAUGAUUAUUUUAGUCUGGUGGUGUAUGAAAUACAGUAGCCAUUGUUAUAUUGUUAAAGCAAUUGUUAUAUUAAAGAUGAAAUGUUAAAUUGAUGUUUUGGUUCAGUGGAUGGAAUUUUCUGUACAGAUUUUCUGACCAUUUCUAUUCAUUUUCAUGAGAUUUCUUUACUUUUUAUUAAUCAUUAGAUAAAUUUGGGCAAUAUAAAUGACUAAAUCUAUUGACACUCC